GGCGUCCAAGUUCGGCGCGUGGCAAUCCACAAGAUGAAGUAUUCUUUCCAGAUCUGGUCAGCCAUGAUGUCGUCCAAGGACAGCAAUGGGCAGGUCCCGGCUGCCUGACGUGUUUGUGGGUGGCAGAACAGCUCCAGCACCCCUGUCCUCGCCAUGGUCCCCAACACGGCAGCGUAGAGCAGGGAGCAGAUGGACGGGGCGCAGCGGGAUGAGCCCUGCCCUGAGCCUUCUUCUGUCCCUGGCCAGCUGCACCCUGCUCUGGGGCUCACCGUUGCCUCCCCGGAAUGUGAGGCUGGAGGCACAAAACUUCCACGUUCUCCUGCGGUGGGAGCCAGACCCUGGCUCGCCUGCCGGUGCUGCGUACCAGGUGGAGUGGAGGAGACGAACCUCUCGCUGGACCAAGGCAGAUGCCUGCUGGGGGAACAGCACCGGCCCCUCCGGGGCAUGUGAGCUGUAUUUUGACAAGAUCCACGAUAUCUACUGGGCAAGGGUGAGAGCGGUGGCCAGAGGCGAGCUGUCUGCGUGGGCCUAUUCCAGAGAGCUGCAGCCAUACAGAGACACAAUUGUAGGCCCCCCCAAGUUGUCCUGGGUGCUCCAGGGUCACGUCCUCAGCAUAAAUAUCAUCAUGCCGCUCACUCCCUACCGAAGCAAAACGGGCUCGUACAAGCCGGUCAACGAAGUGCUGCUGAAGCUGUGGUACCGGCUGAGUCUGUACGAAGGGGACGCGCUCGUCCAGCAAGUGCCCUGCAAACGCAGCGGGGAGGAAGCGCCGUGCCACUUCAGGUACCUGAAGCCCAGCACACAGUACUGUGUCCGGACAGUGGCCGCGGACAUGGCUGGGGAGCAGAGCCAGGAGGCCGAGCAGUGCAUGGUGACACCAGCGGGCCCCACAGGGUACCUGCGCAAGGUGCUGAGGAACCACACCGCCCACACCUGUGACGGGGAGCAGCUCCUCAUCAUCUGCCCUCGCAAGACCACCAUCAGCAUCCUCGGUGCCUUCUACGGGCGUCGCAUACCCAGCCCCAACCUCUGCCCCAGCCCUGGCAACGCCUCCCAGGAGAGCACUGAGUGCACGUCCACCACCGCCCACCUGAAGCUGCUGGCUGAGUGCCAGGACCAGCAGUGGUGCCAGUUCUCAGUGCACAGCCAAGUCUUUGGGCCGGACCCGUGCCCUGGGACACACAAGUACCUCAUCACUUCCUACAAGUGCCGGCCAGGGAACCAUCGGGUCAAGACCGUGUGCGAGAACGAGAAGCUGAGGCUGCAGUGCCGACCAAAAUCCAUCCUGGCCAUUUAUUCUGCAAAUUAUGGACGACUCCUGCGGGGCAAACCAGAGUGCGAUGCCCUGAACGCCGGGGGACCUCAUAUAGAAUGCUUGGCUCCGGACGCCCUGCGGAGGGUCUCCAAGAAGUGCCACCGCAAGGGGAACUGCACUGUGGCUGCUGACCGGGCCACCUUCGGCGACCCGUGCCUGCCCGGCAUGAAGAAACAGCUGCGAGUCUCCUACACCUGUGUGCCCAGGCAGCUGCUGGAGGAGGUGGGCCCGGACACCUCAGACCCCUUCCUGCUCUCGGACUACAUGCACGGUGGCUGGUACAAAGGGCCCAGGUUCUCCAGGCUCCGGGAAGACCGGAUGAUUUUUACUAGCUCUCUGGCAGCUUUUGCCCACCUUUGGGGUGUCCCAGAGAAAGUUGGCCUCUACUUUCUUUGCGGGGUCUCAGGAGGCCUCAUGCUCCUCCUGUGCAUCAUCAGCCCCAAAACGACCUUCCUCCAGGAGGUAGGGGCAGCUUUCAAAGACCAGGAGCUGGGGAGCAGCUCAGAGCUGAGCAGGACCAAGCUGCGGGACGAGCAGGAUGAAGACCUUCCUGACGACAGCUCCUCGGACUCCUCCUUCCGCCGCCUCACCCGCACUUACCGGGCCACCGACAGCAUCUUCAGCCCUGAGCUGACGGCAGCCAUGGAGGGGGCGGUGGAGCACCAGGGCCGCAGUGGGGAGGAGAUCUGGAUGCCCAAGGAGUCAAGCCCAUACGCCAUCCACAAGAUCAAAUCGGCCACCAAAUAAGAACUAGAAGAAAAUGGCCAGAGAGCAGCGGGGGGCAGAGGCUAAGUGGGAUCUGACAUCAGAGAGACACAAGAGUUUGGGCUCCUCGUGGCAAGUGGGCAUCCUGAGUGGCCACAGGGCCACAGCAGCCCCAGCGUGGCCAUCAACCCCACUGCUGCAUCAGCCUGGAGACCUCUAACCCAGGGGUAAGAUGCGGUCCCCGGGUGUGAUGAGGGGCUGCGGGAUGGCUCGUGGGGCUGCUGGCUCCUUUGCUGCAAACACGCCACUAAUCCUAAGCUAACCUCCCCAUGCUGGGCUCGCACCGGCUGGCUCCAGCACUCAUCCCUGCUCAGCCAUGCCAAGCCCACCCCGAGCCUUUCCAGGCUGUUUGCUCCUGUCUCCUCUUGGGUGCUGACCUCCACCCCUGGUGCUGCAAACGCCCCCACCAGCACUCGGGCAGCAUUGCCAGCGGUGGAGAGACGGAAAUGGCCAGGGUGCAGGGAGGAUGCAGGCGGAGCUGGUGGGAGAGUGCCGCGAGCAUCACCCAGCACAGCCACAGCCCUACCACGCCGUGUGCCUUGCAGCCCCGGUACCCCCAGGGGAGCUGCACCCCGGGGCCGGGGCAGACAGGCGCUUGGCACAGCGUUGGCGCUCACCUCCCUGUGGGCAUUCGGGAGCUCUGUCACCCUGCAUUGCUCUAUGCUUUCCUUCAUGUUGCUGGGGCUUUUCCAGUAAAUAAAUGCAACAGCUCAUAGUCACAACAUCCCUCCCGACCUCUGCCAUUGAUAGUGAAAAGGGAGGGAAAAGGAAGCGGCGAAGCUCAGCCUUCCCCGUGCAGAUCAGCUCCUUGCCUCCCGCCAGUGUUUCUGGCACUGGGCCAUGGGGAGCAGCAAGUUGGGCCUGUUUUAGCAUGGGAAAGGAUAAGGUUUUACCCUGGGGAAGGGGAAUAGGGAAAAGCAGUCCAUGUGGAUCCCAUGAACGAUGCUUCCCUGCCCUUCCUCCUUCUCUUGAGCCUAAGGCUCUCUGUCUGGUAAGCAAUCCCGGAGCAAGCGUCCCCAGAUGCUGUGCAGAGGGGCUUCUCGGCAGCCCCACGGUGCCAGGGAGGCAGGCUGGG